CUCUCGGAGGAUUGCAGCGGCCCACCCGGGAGGCGCAGAGACUUUUCUCGCAGGUUUUUUCGAGGGUUUUGUUUUUCUGUCCUGAGCCUGCUCACCUGGAAGCAGCUGGGGAAAUUUAGGCUUGGCUGACAGCUUGCAAAAAGGGGUUCAGUUCUCCGACAUUAGCUGAGAUGCAGACCAGGAUGAGAAGAUUCUCGGUGUACAUCUUACCAGCUCUAGUACUUGCAUGCUUGGUCUACUUAAGGAGAGAUGCCAAGCUGGUUGCGUCUUUGGCAAACAGAGAACUGCGCAGGCCAAACGUGAGCGUUCCCAAGCUGGUGAAAUCAAGCAAAUGCUUGCCAGACAUGAUGGUUGCAAAUUCCUUUCCCUCCCUCCCUGAGGUUCACCGUGUUUUCUUAACCUAUAAACACUGCCGGAAUUUCUCGACAUUGCUGAAGCCCUCCAGAUGUGCUGCAGAGACCUUCCUCCUGCUAGCAAUCAAGUCCACCCCUGUGAACAUAGACCGCCGCGCAGCCAUCAGGAGCACCUGGGGGAAGGAGGCCAUUAUUGGUGGUAAAUUGGUGAGGCUCCUGUUCUUGCUUGGCCGCUCAGAGAUCAAAGUUCAGGCUCACUCCCUCCACCAGCUUUUGGCCUAUGAAAACCUGGAAUUUGACGAUAUCCUCCAGUGGGAUUUUGUUGAUAACUUCUUCAACCUGACACUGAAGGAGCUGCAUUUCCUUCGGUGGGUGGCAGAGGACUGCCCCCAUGCCUGCUUUGUGUUGAAGGGCGAUGAUGAUGUCUUUGUGAACACGUACAACAUUGUAGAGUUCCUUGAGCAUCUGGACCCUGACAAAUACCUUUUUGCUGGGGAUGUCAUCAGCAAAGCCCGGCCAAUCAGGAACACCAACACCAAGUAUUUCAUCCCAGAGUCAAUGUAUCCGGCAUCCUUCUAUCCACACUAUGCUGGGGGCGGCGGCUAUGUCAUGUCACGGCUGAUGGUGCAGCAGCUGCAGGUGACGGUUGAGGACACUGAGUUGUUCCCAAUAGACGAUGUCUUUGUUGGGAUGUGCUUGGCCAAAAUGGGGAUCAUCCCAAUGCACCAUCCUGGCUUUAAGACCUUUGGAAUCCAGAGGCCCUUUAAUCCCUUUGAUCCCUGCCUGUACAAAGAACUGAUGAUUAUACACAAACUGAACCCAACAGAGCUGUGGGUCAUGUGGACAUUGCUGAAAGACGACAACCUCCGAUGUGCCACGUCAGUAACUCAGAAACUAUAGGAUAGAUUAGGAUGUGUCUGGUGCAGUAAAACUACCAGACUGAGACUUUGAUAGGAGCUGGCUUAAAUUGAUAUAAACAGGUAUCUUUCCUUUUUUUUUUAGAUUGUUUAUUGUAGAAUAAUUUUAUUGCACUGAUUUCCCACCCCCCCCCCAAAUUGUUUACAGGUGUCCUCAAAAGUUAGCAACCUGCCAUGCCCAGAGGCAGCUGCUGCAGAGGAGUGGGGGGGGGGAGGGUUUGCUUUCAUGUUUUUCCUGGUAGCAUCUUCUCCCUGGUACUGGAGUAAAUGGCUGUGGCCAGGCUCUCCCUGCAUCCUAAAAUAAAGUCGUCUCUUGUUUCUGUU